GCUCCGUCCGGAGGAUCAGGAUGCUCCGCACGUCCGCCGCUCCGCUCCGCUCCUCAUCACCGGAUAAUUAAACCCGGAUUUUUUCCGGCUGGUUCUCUGCUCUGCCGCUGAUUGGCUGCGGCCGCUGGCUGCUCCGGGUCCGGCCUCUCCGCCCGCUCCUCCCCGGGAUGUGAGAGCGCUGAGCGAGGACGCUGGAAGGACGUGGAGGCGCUGAGCCGCUGGUUCCUGCGGAGAGGAGAGAGGAGCUGCUCCGGCUCGGACACGGAGCGGACCGAGCCGCCCGCCGGCCCCCCCUGUCCGCCCGGACCGGGACACCCACAACAACAGAUCCAUGUUCUCCUGGAGAACACGAUGGCAGAAAGCUCCGUGCUGAGGUUUCCCCACGUUUGCUGCCUCGAGUCAGAGGAACGUUCAUUUUGGGGUUGACUGACCACCUGAGGAGAGUCAGACCUGUCAACAACAACAACAACAACAACAACACCAGCACAGCCUGCUUGAACAUCUGUGUGUGUGUGUGUGUGUGUGUGUGUGUGUGUGUGUGUGUGUGUGUGUGUGUGUGUGUGUGUGUGUGUGUGUGUGUGUGUGAGCUUCACUCCACUCCGCUCCGCUCUCUCCGCGGCGGGACUCAUGUCUCAGAUGCAUGCGGCUCUGGAGCAGCAGCAGUCCGGCCAGUACAACCAGAUCUGCACCCGCAGCUCGUCCCCGGCCGAGGCGGAGGCGUGCCCGGCCCAGAGGAGCCGCAAGCCCCGCAGGAAAUGGCAGGUGUUCCCCGGCAGGAACAAAUUCUACUGUAACGGCCGGAUCAUGAUGGCGAGGCAGACCGGAGUGUUUUACCUCACCCUGCUGCUCAUCCUCCUCACCAGCGGCCUCUUCUUCACUUUGAGUGACUGUCCCUUCCUGGCGUCCAACCUGACCCCGGCCAUUCCAGCCAUCGGUGGGGUUUUGUUCUUCUUCGUGAUGGGGAUGCUGUUCAGGGCGAGCUUCAGCGACCCCGGGGUGCUGCCCCGAGCCACACCGGAGGAGGCCGCCGACCUGGAGAGGCAGAUUGACGCAGCCAGCUGUCCCAGCGGUCCCGGGUACAAGCCGCCCCCCCGCACCCGGGAGGUUCUCAUCAACGGGCAGACGGUCAAGCUGAAGUACUGCUUCACCUGCAAGAUCUUCAGGCCGCCGCGCGCCUCACACUGCAGCCUCUGUGACAACUGUGUCGAGCGAUUCGACCACCACUGUCCCUGGGUGGGGAACUGCGUGGGACGGAGGAACUACCGCUUCUUCUACCUGUUCAUCCUGUCGCUCUCCUUCCUCACGCUCUUCAUCUUCGCCUUCGUCAUCACACACGUCAUCCUCAGAUCGAACCGGACGGGCUUCCUCAGCGCGCUCAAAGACAGUCCAGCCAGCGUCCUGGAGGUGGUGGUGUGCUUCUUCUCCGUCUGGUCCAUCGUCGGCCUGUCGGGCUUCCACACCUACCUGAUCAGCUCCAACCAGACCACCAACGAGGACAUCAAAGGGUCCUGGUCCACCAAGCGAGGGAAGGACAACUACAACCCGUACAGCUACGGCAACAUCCUGACCAACUGCUGCGCCGCCCUGUGUGGCCCGCUGCCCCCCAGUUUGAUUGACAGGCGGGGUCUGAUCCAGUCUGACAGCAGCCAGCCGGUCUCUCAUCAGUCUAAUGGCAGCAGCGUUUAUACCUCAACACAGCUUCACACUCACAUGUGUGAUCAGCAUCAGUGCAUCCAGAGCACCAAGUUUGUCCUGCAGGCGGCGGCCACGCCCCUCCUGCACAGUGACCCCGUGGUUCUGGCCCCCCUGCCGGGGAAGAGCGGCGCCCUGGGGGGCCCCUGCGCCUACCUGGCCCCCACCCAGCCCUCCCUGCCGUCCCUGCCCUCCUGCGGCGGCGACGUCCUGAGCCUGCGGGACGCCUCCGACUCCCGCUGCCACCACCACCACCACCACCACUUCGUCAGCCCGGACGAGACGCCCGGCACGUCGCCGCAGGGCGCCCUGCCCUGCCCCGCCCACCUGCCCGCCCACCCCCACCUGCAGCCCCUGCCCCCCACCCCCGCCACGCUGUACGACCCGGCCAGCCAGGACACGCUGCACGAGGACUCGGUCCGCGGGCUGGUCAAGCUCAGCACCGUGUGACCCGCCCCUCCUCAGACUGACCCCUGUCCCGCCCCCCCACCGCCGUUUCACCCGCUUCCUGUUUCACCCACAUUUGACCUUCACUCGACCUCAAGCCGACCUUCACGCUCUCAUGGUCGUGUCUUGAUGGUAACCCCAGAUGUGUGAAACUGUGUCUUGACUCCACCAUCACCAUAACCCUCACCUUACAAAUCUAGGGUUACCCUCUACACAGGACCUAGUUUCAGCUAGCUCUGUUCCUGCGUGUUAGCAUGCUAACAGCUAGCCUGUUGUUAGCCUAGCCUCGCUAACGCCUGUCAGGGACGAUAUCAGACGACACCAAAUUAUCCCUGAGUGGACUCUAAUGACUUAAGUAGAAGAAGUACUGUCCCUCUGCUGGUAUG